AUGCCUCGUCAGUCGUUAAAAAACAUGAGCCAAAACGAUUCGAAACUCAAGUCCGUUACGGGCGAUGAAAUAGUGCUUAAACCUGAAUCAGUGAUUGCAUUAGAACAAUUGGCACAACAUGUUCCUUCGUACCCUCCACCAGGCCAAACCAAAAGGUUCCCUCGUUCGCGGCAGGCCGCGGUACUGGUUGCUCUUUUUGUUGGAAGACUAGGCGACAUCUAUAUCCUGCUGAGUCGGCAAGUCUUAAGUUUGUCUAUAUGCGGUCUACUAAGUCGUAGCUUCAGUCGAUCACUGGGUCUCAGAACUUAUGGAGGCGACACAUCCUUGCCCGGUGGGAGGAUGGAACCAAAUGACAGAUCAAUCGAGGAUACGGCGAGGAGAGAGGCGUUCGAGGAAGUUGGCCUGCCGAUAGACAAGCGCCGGAUCAAGUUUCUGUGCACGUUGGAACCAUUCUUAUCCGGAAAUAGCUUGAUCGUAACACCUGUAGUCGUCCUUAUUAAGGAUCAGUCAUUAAAACCCAAAUUAAAUGCCCCUGAACCCCCUGCGUCUCUUUUUCCACUUGGAUCACACCCUCCUUCGGACGGUGCCAUAAGGUCACUCCCUCCGCCUCCCGCUAGACAGGAAUCUAUAUCAGAUCCAACGCCAACUUCUGAAAAGCACACGUCGUCACAAAAGAAACUAUUCCAGUCAAAGCGUCCGAAAUUCGCCACGGCUUCUUACCAUGCACGAGGUCCGGCAGCCUAUCCACCACCAGAGCAACCCGCAGUCGCCCCGUAUCAUUCGUACGUUGAUGUGGCCUGGGGUCCAGCCAAAGAGCCUGUGCGUUUCCAUCGUUUCCUAACGGGCCGCGAAGAACAAGGCGUCAAGCCGAUCUUCGGCUUAACAGCGUCUAUCCUUUUACAAACAGCCAUUGUCGCGUAUAGCCCCCAGGUCCCAGAUUUUGAGCUUAAAGCACCAAAUCAAAGGUCAACUGAACAGAGAUUUGCGACUGCAAUGCGAACAGUACCCGUCUUGAGGGAGGCAGCCCGGGCAGAAGAUCUAAAAGAAUGGGGACCUUGGGAUGAGAAAUUGGUACCAAAAAGCAAAUUAUGA